GCUUCGCUCAGGACGACUGACUCAGGGGUCUUCGGGGGGAGGGCCCGCUUUUUGUCAAAAUGGCAGCGCCCAUCCUGCACUGGUGUCCAUGAAGUGGGAGGUUGAACUGUUGGUGAGAGCGUGUAAGCUUGCCGCGUUUCUGAUUUUGAAACAUCCGGGGUCGGAGGUUCCUGGGAAGACGGGACCUGCGUACUGAUUCCUACAGCUGCUUCAUCAUUUGCUUUCUCACCAGCAGUGCACAGGGUUUCAGUUUCUCUACACAGGAGGCAGAAUCCGUGAGAGUUUCUACGAUGGUUUGUUCAGCUCUCAGGAGAGUUACCCACGCACACAUCUGCCUGGUGAGGAAGGUCCGUCCUGUCAGCAGAGGCCAUCAGCAUCAGGUGUGGGGCUCCAGGCCUGCUGCGUCAGAGCUUGUUGCCCGAGGAGCUCCCGGCAGCGUCACGGAGUUGCUGGGCAAAUCCUACCCUCAGGAUGACCACACCAACCUCACCCAGAAGGUCCUGUCCAGGGUUGGCAGGAACCUGCACAACCAGCCGCAUCACCCUCUGUGGCUGAUCAAGGAGAGGGUGAAGGAGCACUUCUACAAGCAAUAUGUGGGCCGAUUUGGGACACCACUGUUCUCGGUCUAUGACGACCUUUGUCCAGUGGUCACGACCUGGCAGAACUUUGAUAGCCUGCUCAUCCCAGCUGACCACCCCAGCAGGAAAAAGGGGGACAACUAUUACCUGAAUCGAACUCACAUGCUGAGAGCCCACACUUCUGCACACCAGUGGGACUUGCUGCAUGCAGGACUGGACGCCUUCCUGGUAGUGGGUGACGUCUACCGGCGUGACCAGAUUGACUCCCAGCACUACCCAGUUUUCCACCAAUUGGAGGGUGUUCGGCUCUUCUCCCAGCAUGAGUUAUUUGCUGAUAUAAAGGAUGGAGACUGCCUGAAGCUCUUUGAACAAAGUUCUCGUUCUGCUCAUAAGCAAGAGAUGCACACCAUGGAGGCCUUGAAGCUCGUAGAGUUUGACCUUAAGCAGACUCUUACCAGGCUUGUGGCACAUCUUUUUGGAGAUGGGUUGGAGAUACGAUGGGUGGAGUGCUACUUUCCUUUUACUCAUCCUUCCUUUGAGAUGGAGAUCAACUUUCACGGAGAAUGGCUAGAAGUUCUUGGCUGUGGGGUGAUGGAACAGCAACUGGUCAAUUCAGCUGGUGCUCAAGAUCGAAUCGGCUGGGCUUUUGGCCUGGGGUUAGAAAGACUGGCCAUGAUCCUCUAUGACAUCCCUGACAUCCGCCUCUUCUGGAGUGAGGACGAGCGCUUCCUGAAGCAGUUCCGGGUCUCAGACGUUAAUCAGAAGGUUAAGUUCCAGCCUCUUAGCAAAUACCCUGCUGUGAUAAAUGACAUCUCAUUCUGGUUGCCCUCUGAGAAUUAUGCAGAGAACGAUUUCUAUGACUUAGUCCGAACAAUCGGAGGAGACCUGGUGGAAAAGGUUGAUCUUAUAGACCAGUUUGAACAUCCAAAGACCAACAGGACCAGCCACUGUUACCGCAUCACCUACCGCCACAUGGAACGGACACUGUCCCAGAGAGAGGUCACACACGUCCACCAGGCUGUGCAGGAGGCUGCAGUGCGGCUGUUGGGUGUGGAGGGUCGGUUUUAAUGUCGGCACUUCCCCCACCUGUGGCCCUCUCAGGCUCCAGGAUUUGUUGAAAGAAGAAGACUUAUUGUCUGUGACCUGCAACAUCAGUCAUCUUUUCAUAAAUGGUCAGUUUUAGGACUUUCAGGAAAUAAAGGCUCACUCUUGA